UAUAACCUUCCCUGUGUGUUAUCAUUUGAUAAGACGAGCAGCGUCUCUUUGUUGUUAAAUUAUGUGAAACAUUUUUUUAAUCCACAUUUUACCACUCUUUUUGUCCUCUAUCUCUGGCCAGAAUAAAAAAAUCAGGAAAAAAUGUUCGUCCUUCCUGGUAAAGUGAGUGUUUACUGUUUCCUCCUGGCCCAGUCGAGCCUCCUCGUCUUCCUCCUCGGCCUGACUCGAUUCCAGGAUCUGUACGAGACGGCGAUUAAAUACUGCUUCUACUACCUGCUCGCCCACGCCUUAGUCAUGAAUCUAGCAAUGGGGAUGCUACUGGAGGAUUUCCUUUACAAGGUUGCUGUGAGAUCGUACCUAUUGGGCGCAGUCUUUUCUUGUGGUGUCUUCCUUGCAAUUGUCGGCCCGCCAUCCUGGACAAUAUUCGGAUGGUAUAUGUGUGUACUUUCGUUCUUCCAUUAUUCAGAGUUCCUUACUAUAGCCAUAUGCAACCCGAAGACGCUUUCAAUCGACUCGUUUAUCUUGGAUCACAGCUUGGACUACAAGAUCGCUGCAGCUGCGAGCUGGGUCGAGUUCUUCAUCGAGCAUUGGCUCUAUGAAGAUCUAAAGAUGGCAAGGGUGAUACCAACAGCUGGCCUGGCCCUGUGCAUCGCCGGCGAGCUACUCAGGAAGACGGCGAUGGUGACGGCUUCGACCAACUUCACGCACACUGUCGUUUCGAAGAAGGCCGAUACGCAUAGCCUUGUCACGCAUGGCGUCUACAGGUUCUGCCGGCAUCCAAGCUACGUCGGCUGGUUCUACUGGUCCAUCGGGACCCAGAUGAUACUUGCCAACCCGUUGUGCACUGUGGCGUACGCCCUGGCGAGCUGGAAGUUCUUCAACGACAGGAUCACAGUCGAAGAGCUCACCCUCCUCAACUUUUUCGACUACGACUACGUCGACUACCAGAAACGUGUGCCGACCGGGCUCCCUUUCAUUAAAGGCUACAGGAUAACUGACUAGCCAGCCGUCGUCUAACAGAGAGAGAGAGAGAGAGCGAAUAUUUAUUGUAAAAAAUAAAUAAUCCCCCUUAAUGAAAAAAUAACUAAAAUGAAAAGUCAAGACGGUAGAGGACGUGGAGAACGCCUGCACAGCGUUCAGUACGACAAAGAAAAACCCCGCACAAACCGCUUGAGAAACAGGAUUGGGGAAAAAACACUAAAUUAAAUAAAAUUUCACCUUCCAAAAAUUUAUAAACGUUAUUUUUUGGUUUUAGCAUAUUUUUCUAACAGUAAGAUUUCGAUUAAGAUUAAGAUUAAUUCGUAAUAUUUAUUUUAAUCAGAAGCGACAGGCCACAAGCUGUUGACGAAUUAGCGAUUCUAACCCCCCUCCUUUCAAAAUGUAUAUAUUCAAAAUAUACAGAACUUGUGACAUUAGAAAU